AGGAAAACAAGAAAAUUCUAAAGUUUUUAUAUAUGAUAAAAUAAAAUAUUACAAAUCUUCAAAAGACUUUCUAACUGCUCGCUGUGCAUAUCAUUAUGACGGGUGCACAGCCAAAAUCUUUUUUACCGAUAGUGGGAAAUGGCAAAUAAAUAGAGAGCACACUUGCAAACAAAUAAAAAACCAGAUAAAUUAUGUUUUAAAGAAAAAGGCAGAGAAUAAAAUACUGCAGAUGUGUCGACAGACGAAUAGGAAAAAGUCAGAAAUUUUUCAAGAAAUUUGUCAACGUUACAAUAUCAAAUUGUCAUACGAGGGUUUAAGACCAAGAAUGAUUAAAGCCAAAAUGUCAAAAUUUAUAAAUUUCAAAAAUCAUGUUGAAUUUUUUAGUGCUUUAAAGGCAGAAAAAUUUUGUUCGCAAAUGAUUAAUGAUGAUACAGCAUUAUUAAAAAUAAAAACAAUAAAACAGUGGCAGACAACAAUUUACUUGGAUAAGACUUUUGAGAUCAAGUUUCCAGAAUUUGGCCUAACUUUUCUAAAUGUUUACGUGAUGGAGGAGAAAGAGUGUUCUGUGGCCUACUGCAUUGUUUCUUUAAAUUUGAGUCAACCUGUUAUAAGAGACUGUUUUAAAUAUCUUAAAGCUUCAUCUUGCAAAGAAUUGAAAUUGAUUAUUGGACCUCUAAUAAAAGAUUUAGUGUUGUGUGCAAAAGAAAUAUUCGAUGUAGAAUACACGACAUCAUGGUUUCAUCUUCGAGAGAUCGUUAAAGGUGUCUGGGUGAAAAAUAAUCUCCACAAAGAUGAAAAUAAUUUAUUAUCCUCUGCUCUAUCUUUGCCAUUAAUGCCGACAAACAUGAUCUUAAAUGCUUGCAGAUACCUUCAAAAAAUAUCUUUGAAAAGUAAAUGUAUAAAAGAAGAGACAUUUGUAAAAGACAUUUUUACAUUAUUUUCUACAAUUUUUGAAAUUGCGAGCGUAGCUAAUACCACAUCUUUGAGAUUCAAUUCCAUUCCAACAGUAUGCAGAAAAUUAGUUGAAAAGAUAAUGACGUCAAAAACUCCAGGCGAAAUGUUUGCUAAGAUUAAAGACUUCGUGAACACUGGGAAUAGCAGCAAAAAACCGUUCAGUUCUGAAGUAUCAAGGAAGUCGCAAGACGUGUGGCAUAAAGUACUCAAUACUAAUGCAAGAUUAGAGGUCGAUGAGUGCAUAAUAAUUCUACGCAAUGAGAGUAAAAAAUUCACCACAAUCAGCAGACAGAGUAGAGCAGCCAUUCGAAUAUCUCCAAUCGAUGAAAACAUAAUUAAUUUCUUAUCUUCCUGCACUGAUAAAUCAGUAGAGUAUACCUGUCCAACGCCUGAAAAGGAGAAAAACAAAAAUGGAAUGGAUGAAGAAAGCAGUGAAGAAAAAAGUAUCAUAGAUGAUGAAACUGUAGACGAAAAAAUUAUAAUCAUGUAUGAUAACGAUAAUUUAAACGUUGAAGAAACUAAUAGUGCACCAGAUGAUGAAAACUCAGAUGACAGUCAAAGUAAUGCUAUAUCAGACGAUGAUAAUGAUGAUGGAGAUGAUGAAAAGGAAGACAGGAUUAAAAUAUCAUCUGAUGAUAAUGAUGAAUACUUAAACGCAAAUGAUUCAUUUUCAAAACGUCACUUAUCUGUUAACGAUGAAGAAUCAGAUGAAUCUGACCAAUAUGAUGCAGAAAAUUUAUCAAGGAGAUUAGCAAUUUCAAAGAAGAUCCUUUAUUCACAUGCACGAGUUGGGGAAACAACAAAAAAUUUAACAAAAUGUCCAGUUACUUCGUUAAAAAUUUCUUCAUCUAAGACAACAAAAUCUCCAAAAAAUUCUCCAAUCAUUCUCACAAAAACAAACAGUCUAAAAGAAAAAACUCCAUCUAAGCAAACAAAAUUGACAAAAAAAACUUUCAUUUCUCCAAUGACUUCGGACAAAACGAAGAGCAAUAACGAUAAAACUUCUAUCCCUAAAAAAAUAUUUCAACAAAGUCCUUAUGUUGGUCGAAUGACUUUAGAUAAAAUAGAUAGCUACAAAGAUAAUUCUUCUCAAAAGAAAACAAAAUUGAUGCAAAGAACUUCAAUUUCUCCGAUCACAUUGGUUACAACAAAAAGUCAUAAAAUAGAGACGUCUGCGUUAAAAACUGAAAAAUCGACUAAAAAAAUUUCUCUUUCUCCAACGAUAAAAACUUCAACUGUAGGUGUUCAAACAGAUCCAAUUAAGAAAGAUUCAACUACGGACAGAUCAUCGAAUUAUGCGAUCCACAGGAAAAUUUUGAGGGAAUUGAACCAUUACCAAUCCACAAACAGAAUGCGUCGAAGCCGUUCUCGAUCAAGGUCAUACUCGCACGAACGCCACAACUCUCGCCAAAGAUAUUCUCGUUCUCGCCACGACUCACGCUACCGCCCAAGAUCUCCAUCUCCAAGGCACUAUCGAAGCUAUAAAAGAUCUUAAACCUAUUUAGGUUCGCCAUUUUUAUUAUGUUAUUAAUUCACAUUAUUUGAAACUUAUUUACUUAAGCUACGUUUUCUAAGAAUAAUAUUAUAAAAUGAAAAAUAAGUCUAUGAAAAAAUUCAAUUGUUAAGAUAGUUUAAAAUGAGUAGUUCAUUGUCGUCUUCGUUAACAUUAAUUACAUUUCUUUUCUUGUUUUCUUAUAAAAUGUGUUUCAUAAAAUGAAAUUUAAAAUAUGGAAAACAGAAUUCUAUAUGAAUUUAAAAAAUAAUGUGUUUAAAUUAAUUAUUAAAUUUA